AUGAUCCUCCUUUGCUGCAUAAUGACCUUCAGAACCUUGACUUAUACAAGCCUGUGAUGGGUGGAUCACGGGAUCAUUUGUCCGCAGACUUCCCUGCCUGUACGUCUGGACGCCAGACGCAAGGGUUGUCAGCAGCAGAUGAGUUCCCACACCUGGAUAUUAUCAAUGACCUGCUUGAUGAUGAGCACGGUGUCGGAAAGGCAUCCAUUGUAAGCUCAGGUUUUGAGCCCCUAAGCAAUGGGCCAAACCCCUUAAUUCGGCAGUUCUCAUUUCCCGGCGAAUUGAGUGUAGCUGAUAAUGUGGGAUCCUCUACUAGUUCUUGUAGGUUUGAGCGAACACGUAGUUAUCAUGAUGAACGAUACCAUAGGAGAUAUAGUGCUCCAGGAAGCCACUAUGAACCGGUUAGGGAAUUCGUUCCACAGACUAACCCUCUACCUUAUGUAAAUGGGCAGAUUGAUGGCUUGAUUCAAAACCAGUGGCAGAUGCAAGGUUCUGAUAUGUCUUUAGUUGUAAUGAGGAACGCAGAACAUGACGGUUACCCAUACUAUAACCCAGAGUAUUCAAAUUUGGCAUGUGGUGUGAACUACGGAAUGUUCCGGCCUUCAAAUGGGCACUAGAGGAAGGAAUGUCGGAGUUUGCCCAUAAAUUAACGGGU